CAAAAUGGCGCUAGAUUCAAGUGAAGAAAGAAAUUUUUCGCUAAAUUACGAAGAAAUCGUACAUUUGCAAGCAAUAUUUAGGGGAGCUUUGGUAAGGAAACAGUUUAAUGAUAUAAAAAAGGAGUACAGAUCAAUCGUGUGUGACAUCGAAGAGACCGAUCAAUGUGAAGUCAUAUGGCCCACUAAGCACUUAGCUCCACCUAUUGUUAGAAGAAAACGAUUAAAAAAAAGAAAAAAUAAUCUUCACUCUAAAGAAACCAAUGGAGAAGAGCCAGAUACCAAAAUAAACCAACAUCAGCAAGACAAUUCAAGAAAAGAAGACAAUACAGAAAUCUUACCUGGCAGCAAUGGUAAACUGGGAGUUUUUUCUGAUGUAUGCAUUCAGACUGGCGCUUCAUUAGAACUUGUACAACAACCUAAUGAUGGAACUCAACAUUUGGAUUUGGGUGAAACAAACUCAAAUGAACCAAUUACUAGGAGUGAUAACAUAAGACUUGAACCAGAAAUGGACAGGGAUGUUAAUAAACAUCAUGAUACAGUAAAUCUUCAGAGAAAAUUUGAAUGUGAUAUUGAACAGUUUGAACCUCCUACUCAUGAUAGCCCACAGUCACUGCCAAAAGAAAUUAUUGCUGGAAGUGAACUUAAACCAUCUUGUCAUCCGCAUUGUGAUGCUUCUGUCUCUCAUAGAAACAAUGAAAAAACUGAGAAUGAUCAAAUGAAAGUUACAUUUAAUGAUACAUCCCUGAUGCAAGACACAAAUGUUGAUAUUUCAAAGGACUCAAUUAACCAGGUCCAACCAUUUGCAUCAAGUACCCCCAAACAUGUUCCCCCUUCAAAUUCAAACACAAAGGAAGCUGUAUCUACCCAUAGUUCAGUAGAGCUGACAAAGGAUCCUCCCAGAAGAAUAUCACAGUCAGCCAUUGAUGGGACAUCAGUUUGGGAUUCUGCAUCAUUUGAAGAUAUGUCACUAACUACAAACCCAAAAGACAAGGUCCAACUAGAGCAACUCAGAAGUAACAUUGCCAUGGAACUGCUCUGGGUGCAACAGGCCAUUAGCAGCAGGAAAAAUUAUCUGAGGCUGAAGAACAAGAUGUCUGGAGAGUCAUAACCCCAAACAUGUUCUGGUUGAUGACAUGUAGUGAUGCAAUUGAUGGAUACUCCAAAGGUUUCACAUCAAGAGGCCAGGCUUUCAUUGAGUGAUGUGAAGCUAUUGAAGCAAUCCCUGCUGAACUGGAUUAUGAGAUUUGAUUCUGUUGCUUCCUUUGCUUUGAUUGAACAUUUUGGACUCUGUCGCUAUGGAGAUGUAUUUAACUCGUGAACUUGUGAUGCAGGUGAGGUGCAUGGUCAAAUCUUGGGUAUAGAGUUCCUGGGAAUUCUAGAGACAUCACACAUGGACAGUAUUCAAUAUAUUUGAAAGACUCAAAACACCUGAUGGGAAUAAUCAAUAUAUCAUUAGCUAGUCAACUUGGGGCUCAUCACCAGAAAUCAGAACAGCUUUUAAAAUUAAGAAUCCUAGAUAAAAAGUUUGUUGUGUCCUUACUACAUCUGCAUGUGUAACAGGAUUUUUUGUUGCAAAAAUAUUCUGAGAGUGAUAACGUAACCUUUACUACUAACCGGACUCAAUGUUGCCAUGGUAAUACAGGAUUAUGCCCUGGUUGAAUAUUUCAAUAUCUUGCUAUCAUCUAUAAGAUGUGGUUUCUUAACCUCUUGAAUGCCAGCCUCCAAAAAGGGUUUGAAACCAGAGCAUUUUUAUGUCCCCACCACAUAGUGUGGGGCCAUAUUGUCG